AUGGGCAUCUUCAAGAAAGUCGGGGAGACACUGGUCGAUCUAUCCGUCAUUGCCUGGGACAAUGGAAUUGCUCUCGCCAACCUCUUCGCGCCGAAGCUGAAGGAAGGCGAGGUCGUCCCCGCAGGAGCACCAGGUCACCAACGAAAAUGGCCUGAAUAUGUUCCACCUGGUCCUGGUGACUCCAGAUCCGCAUGUCCAAUGCUCAACGCCAUGGCAAAUCACGGUAUACUACCUCACGACGGCAAGAACAUUUCUUUCCCAGAGAUGAACCACAAGAUUCGAGCGACGUUCAAUUUCGGCGCCUCUUUCUGCUACUUCGUUCCGAACUUUUCCGCGAGAUUUCUAAACAGGUCGUACUCGAAGGACAAGUUCGAUUUGGAGGACCUCAGCCUGCAUGCAGAGAAUGCGAUUGAACAUGAUGCGAGCUUGACUAGGCACGAUGCAGCGAUAUGUCCAGACCAGAGUAAGCCUGAUCUUGAGCUCGUCCAUGAUCUGCUUGCCACCGCAACCGGAAAGAUGCCAGAUGGCACUGCUCAGCUCACGAAAAGCGAUCUUUCAAAAGCACUGUCCAAGAGGAGAGCCGAUGCGAGGAAGACAAAUCCGAAGUAUUCCGAGUCCUUCUUCCACAACAUGUUCGGAAGCGCCAACUCGUCGACGAUGCUCACUAUAUUCGGAGGCCGAGUCGAAGAUUUACGGCCGAUGCUUGAGGAGGAGAGAUUCUCAGAAGACUGGGAGCCACGUGUGCUAGAUCGAUAUGGCUUGACUAUGGCGAAGUUCAAUGGUACCGUUCUGCCGGUGGAAAGAGGCGUGGAUGUCAAGAAGUAUCAGUAG